UGCAUAAACAGAUUUUUCCCAAAAUGUCAUUUUUGUCAAAUUAUUGUUAUCAAUUUAAAAAAAAUUGAUAACAUUUUGUAGAAAGUAAAUGCUAAUGUAUCCUUCAUUCUUUCUUCGUUAUGUAAACGUUUUCAAAUUUAUUUAGGCAUCCAUGUUUUUGAAGAAAAAUUACAUAAAUUUAUUUAACCUCACAGUAAGUCAAAUAAUUAGGAAAAGAAUUACAUUUUCAGCCCCAGCAGCUUUAUAUCAUCACAGAGUUUACGAUAUGGAAAAAAAACCAGACCAUUCCGUUUUUAUUACAACCAAAAUUGACGAAGAAGCCAAAAAAAUUCUUAAGGAUGCCAAUUUUGAUGUUCAUGAAUGGACAGCCCCUGAACCCAUACCAAAAAACAACCUUAUUCGUGAAUUAGAAGGAAAAGAUGCACUAUUUUGUACACUGAAUGAUAAAGUCGAUGACGAAGUAUUAUCAAAAGUAGGGACCAAAUUGAAAGUGAUAGCUACAAUGUCCGUUGGUUAUGAUCAUCUCUCCCUUAAGGAUAUUAAAACACGUAACAUUAAAAUAGGAUACACACCAGGUAUUUUGACUGAAGCCACUGCUGAACUAACACUGGCUCUUUUGCUGGCAACUAGCAGACGUCUUUUUGAAGCAAACAAUGCAGUUAAAAAUGGAGAGUGGCAUGCAUGGGCCCCAUAUUGGAUGUGCGGUCCAGGUAUUAAAGGAUCCACCAUUGGAAUAGUGGGUUUAGGGAGAAUAGGACAACAAGUCGCCAGAUUGAUCAAACCAUUUAACCCAAAAUCUAUUAUAUUUUACUCCAGAUCAUUGAAAGAAGUUCAAUCAAAAAUUCUUAACUUGGUUCAAGUUGAUUUUGAGACCCUUUUGAAGGACAGCGAUUUUAUAAUCCUUACAUGUGCAUUAACAGAUGAAACAAAAAACUUGUUCAAUGAUAAAGCAUUCAGUAAAAUGAAGAAAAAUGCAGUUUUCAUAAAUACAAGCAGGGGAGGUAUCGUCGAUCAAGGGGCACUUGUUAAAGCACUUAAAAGUAAUCUAAUUUUUGGAGCUGGUUUGGAUGUUAUGACUCCAGAACCUCUGCCACUCAAUCAUGAACUGCUCCAAUUAAAAAAUUGUGUAAUUCUGCCCCAUAUUGGAAGUGCUGCUAUCCAAACAAGACAAGAAAUGGCUAAAAUUACUGUUCAGAACAUUAUAGCCGCUAUUAAGGAUGAACCAAUGCCUAGUGAAUUAAUAGUAGAUUGUUAAUUGUAAUUAAAUUGUAAUUAUUGAGUUUGGUAAGGUUUUUUCUUUGAAUUUACAGGUUUUUAAAAUAGACAAUAACAUUGAUUAUAAAUUGUAGAUAAAUAUAUUUUUCUAUGCUUAAUAGAUUGUGUUAUAAUACAU